AUGGCUAGCCAACAUCCCAUCGGCGACCCUCCAACGGAUGCCAUUUCGGCCUUGAGAUUUUCACCGCAUCCAAAUUCCUUGCGCUUCGUCGUGGCCUCGUGGGACAAGUUCGCAUACGUGUACGAGCUCAUCGAUAGCAAAACCUGCAGACAGAUCACCAAGUUCGAACACAGAGCACCCGUGCUUGACGUGUGCUUCGGCAAAGAUGACAAUGAAAUCUACACGGCCUGCUUGGACUGGGAUGUGAGAAGGAUCGAUGUCAGCACUGGAACUCAAACGGUACUCAGCACGCACGACAACGGUGUACGAUCAGUUGUCUACAGUAAGCAACACUCCCUCGUCGUGUCCGCGGCGUGGGACUCGACGCUGCAUAUCCAUCCGGGCACAGCAGAUGCACAGUGGUCCACCGCGACCAUCAAUUUACCCUCCAAACCCUACUCGCUCGCCGUAUCGUCAUCCAAGCUGGUCGUUGCAAUGGCCAACCGCGCCCUACACAUCUACGAGCUCAAGACACUAGCCAACGAAUGCAAGAGCUCUGCAAACUCUUUACAAAACAGACUCGAUAUCGAACCGUGGCAGCGGCGAGAGAGCAGUCUCAAGUUUAUGACGAGAGCGGUGGACUGUAUGCCUAACGACGAGGGUUACGCUUCUUCAAGUAUUGAAGGCCGUGUUGCGGUCGAAUGGUGCGAUCCUUCGAACGAGUCGCAGGCGCGCAAGUAUGCAUUCAAAUGCCAUCGUCAACCUGAGGGUGAUGUCGAUGUCGUUUACCCGGUCAAUGCGGUCGCGUUUCACCCGAUUCACGGCACGUUUGCGACCGGCGGCGGUGAUGGUGUUGUCGCAAUCUGGGAUGCCAUUGCCAAACGCAGAAUUCGUAUCUAUCCGAAGCUAGCGGCCAGUGUGGCUGCAACGUCCUUCAGUUCGAAUGGCAAGUACCUCGCCACGGCGAUCAGUCCGGGCGCCGAGGACGGCAAGGAUGAGAUCCCUGAAGGUUCGGUAGGCAUAUUCAUCCGAGAACUGGGCGAGAACGAAGUCAAGAGAAAGACGAAGUGA